CACACACAAAAGCAGACUCGUCAUACCAACCUUCUCAGACAGACUGCAUCCCUCGCAUCUAACACACCCUCAUCCUGUCAUCGUAGUCAUGGCUGACAAACCCAACAUGAUGGAAAUCACAAGCUUCGAUAAAACAAAACUGAAGAAGACGCAAACCCAAGAGAAGAACCCUUUACCAACCAAGGAAGCUAUCGAGCAGGAGAGGAGAGAAUCGUCGUUCUGAGAGCAGCAAUUAAUGAGUUCAAGACGGAAGAAAUAAGGACGAGACAACUGAAGCAAUCAAUCAGUACAUACCUGUCUCAACCUGGAACUGCGAUUGACAUCAUGUAUGACUUUACGAAGCCAAAUUUCUUUAUCACGUAAUUUAUAUAUA